AUGUUGCUAUCAGUUGGUGGUAGUGCAUCAUCUGGCAGCAUUUUAUCUGAAGGCAACAACUCUACGACAUUGAAAAAUAGCGGUUGGUUAAGUUGUAGCGACCCUAAUGGAGAUGGAUGGGGUCCUUUAUCACCUACUUAUCAUGAUAUCGCGCCAUGUUUCCUUCAAGGUGUCUUGUUUGGAUCAUCUGCUAUUCUUAUGAUUUUAGUUGGGUUGCAACAAUUGAUUUACUUGCGAAACAAGAAGAUCCAAGUAGGUAACAGGAAAACCUGGAAUUUCUAUGUCAAAUUAUUGUUGGUCGCAUUACAGUUGGGAUUCCAGCUCGCCUUGGUUGCCACUUCCACCCAAUCGGGUAUUAUCCAUUUAGCAUUGAUUUUGAACGCCGUUGCCACAGUUGUCGCUUGGGGGAUUCAUUAUCUUGAACAAUACAAAUCUACAAUCCCUAAUGGUGUCGUGUUGUUUUAUUGGUUAUUCCAAAUCAUUUUGAACCUUGGUAGAACCGCCAAUAUCCAAUUGAGAACCGGUACUGGUGAUGUCUUUUCCAUUUUUGUCAUUUUAUCCACUGUCAAUGCAUUCUUCAUCUUGGUUAUUGAAACCGCCUUCCCAAUCCAACCAUUGAAUAACUACACUCGUACACUCAAGGUGUCUCCUUAUGAUCGCGCCAAUGUGUUUUCGAGAAUUACUUUUGACUGGAUGGGUGGAUUAAUGAAGAAAGGUUAUGUUCAAUACUUGACCGAACGUGAUUUACCAGCAUUGCCUAACAAAUUAAAGGCCACCACCACUUCCAACAGAUUCCAGCACUAUUGGGAUUCCCAAGCCGUGGAAAAGCCAUCCUUAUUCCUUGCCAUCGCUAAAGCUUUCGGUGGUCAAUUCAUGUUGGGUGGGUUAUUCAAGGGUUUACAAGAUCUGUUGGCAUUUAUUCAACCUCAGUUGUUAAGAUUGUUGAUUAAGUUUGUCAAUGACUAUUCCGAAUCAGUUAAACGUGGUGAUCCAAUUCCAUUGACUAGAGGGUUCUUGAUUGCCCUUUCCAUGUUUAUUGUUUCCGUGGUCCAAACCGCUUGUUUACAUCAAUAUUUCGAACGUGCUUUUGAAUUAGGUAUGAAGAUCAAGUCAGCUUUAAGUUCUCUGAUUUAUAACAAAUCAUUGGUUUUGUCCAAUGAAUCUAAACAAGAAUCAUCCACUGGUGAUAUUGUCAAUUUGAUGUCGGUUGAUGUUCAAAGAUUACAAGAUUUAGUGCAAAACUUGCAAAUCAUCUGGUCUGGUCCAUUCCAAAUCGUUUUAUGUUUAGCUUCCUUACACGGAUUGAUUGGUAACUCAAUGUGGGCCGGUGUUGCCAUUAUGGUCAUUAUGAUUCCAUUGAAUGCCGUCAUUGCCAGAAUUCAAAAGAGAUUACAAAAGACCCAAAUGAAGUACAAGGAUGAAAGAUCAAGAUUAAUCAAUGAAAUCUUGAACAAUAUCAAAUCUUUGAAAUUGUACGGGUGGGAAACACCAUACUUGGACAAAUUAAGACAUGUCAGAAACGACAAGGAAUUGAAGAAUUUAAAGAAGAUGGGUAUUUUCAGUGCCUUUACCAACUUCACUUGGAAUUUGGCUCCUUUCUUGGUUAGUUGUUCCACUUUUGCUGUUUACGUGUUGACUCAAGACAAGAGUUUGUCUACCGAUUUAGUGUUCCCUGCUUUAGCAUUGUUUAACCUUUUGUCUUUCCCAUUAGCCGUGGUUCCUAUGGUUAUUACUAAUGUUGUUGAAGCUCAAGUUGCCAUUUCCAGAUUGACUAAAUUCUUAACUGAACCGGAAUUACAAGUUGAUGCUGUUGUCAAGGCUCCAAAAGCCAAAAAGUUGGGUGAUACUGCUGUUUCCAUCAAGAAUGGUACUUUCCUUUGGUCCCGUGCUAAAGGUGACCAAAACUACAAGGUUGCUCUUUCAAACAUCAACUUGGAUGCCAAGAAGGGUGAAUUGGAUUGUAUUGUUGGUAGAGUUGGAUCGGGUAAGUCCUCGAUCAUUCAAGCUAUUUUGGGUGAUUUAUAUAAGCUAGAUGGUGAAGUCACUCUACAUGGUAAGAUUGCUUAUGUUUCUCAAGUUCCUUGGAUUAUGAAUGGUUCCGUUAGAGACAAUAUCUUAUUUGGUCACAAGUAUGACCCAGAAUUCUAUGAUCUUGUUAUUAAGGCUUGUGCAUUAACUGUUGAUUUAAGUAUUUUGCCAAAAGGUGACAAGACCGAAGUUGGUGAAAAGGGUAUUUCUCUUUCUGGUGGUCAAAAGGCUAGAUUGUCGUUAGCUAGAGCUGUGUAUGCUCGUGCUGAUGUUUAUUUGUUAGAUGAUCCAUUGAGUGCUGUUGAUGAACAUGUUGGUAAGCAUUUGACUGAUCAUGUGUUGGGCCCCCAUGGAUUAUUAAAGACUAAAUGUAGAAUUUUGGCAACUAAUAAUAUCAAGGUUUUGAGUAUUGCUGAUAGUUUAGCUUUGGUUAGUGAUGGAAGAAUUGUUGAACGUGGUACUUAUGAUGAUAUUAUGAAGCAAGAAUCAAGUAAGAUUCGUCAAUUGAUUGAUUCCUUUGGUAAGAAGAGAGAUGGAAGUUCCACUCCAUCAUCUGAAUCCACGAAUUCUCAAGCUGAUGCUAAGAAAAAUGAAUUGGAAGAAACUAAGGUUGAUGAAGAAGAAAUUGAUUUACAAGAAUUGGACUCUGAUUGUGAUUUUGAAUGUGGUAGUUUGAGAAGAGCUUCUGAAGUGUCUCUCGACCAAGAAAGUGAAAUUGACGAUGAAAUUGAAGAUGAAGAUGCCAAGGCAAGAAAGGAACAUCUCGAACAAGGUAAAGUUAAAUGGGACGUUUACAAGGAGUAUGCCAAGGCCUGUAAUCCAGUCAAUGUCAUGAUCUUUUUAUCGUUUACUGUCAUUUCUUUUGUUAUUAACGUUGCUUCUAACUUUUGGUUGAAGCAUUGGUCUGAAGUUAACUCUCAAUAUGGUUACAAUCCUAAUGUUGUGAAAUACUUGGGUGUUUACUUUUUGUUAGGUAUUGGUUUCUCUGGUGCUUCUUUGAUUCAAAAUUGUUUCCUUUGGAUCUUUUGUUCCAUUCAAGGUUCCAAGAAGUUGCAUAACCGUAUGGCUGUUAGUGUUUUAAGAGCACCAAUGACUUUCUUUGAAACUACUCCAAUUGGUAGAAUUUUGAACAGAUUCUCCAAUGAUGUUUACAAGAUCGAUGAAGUGUUGGGAAGAGUUUUCAGUAUGUUCUUUAGUAACACCGUUAAAGUUACCCUUACCCUUAUUGUUAUCUGUUACUCCACCUGGCAAUUUGUUUUGCUUAUCUUGCCCCUUGGUAUUUUAUACAUUUACUACCAACAAUAUUAUUUGAGAACUUCUCGUGAGUUGAGAAGAUUAGAUUCUGUUUCUAGAUCGCCUAUUUUUGCCAAUUUCCAAGAAUCAUUAACUGGGGUUUCAAUCAUUAGAGCUUAUGGAAAGGAAGAAAGAUUUAAACACUUGAACCAAACUAGAAUCGAUAGAAACAUGGGAGCUUACCACCCUGCAAUCAACGCUAAUAGAUGGUUAGCUGUUAGAUUGGAAUUCUUGGGUUCUGUCAUUAUUUUGGGUGCUGCUGGAUUAUCUAUUCUCACCUUAAAGUCCGGACAUUUAACUGCUGGGUUAGUUGGUUUGUCGGUGUCAUAUGCCCUUCAAAUCACCCAAUCCUUGAACUGGAUUGUGAGAAUGACCGUGGAAGUCGAAACCAAUAUUGUUUCUGUGGAAAGAAUCUUGGAAUACUCUCGUUUGACUUCAGAAGCUCCUGAAAUCAUUCCCGACAAUAGACCACCUGCCAAUUGGCCCGUUGAUGGUGAAAUCCACUUCAAGGAUUACUCCACCAAAUACAGACCAGAAUUAGACUUGGUGUUGAAGAAUAUCAAUCUUGACAUUAAACCAAGAGAAAAGAUUGGUAUUGUUGGUAGAACCGGGGCUGGGAAGUCUUCCAUCACAUUAGCUUUGUUUAGAAUUAUUGAAAGAUUCGGUGGUAGUAUCACCAUUGAUGGCAUUGAUACUUCUACUAUCGGGUUAUACGAUUUGAGACAUAAAUUAUCGAUUAUUCCUCAAGAUUCUCAAGUGUUUGAAGGAUCUAUUAGAAGUAACUUGGAUCCAACUGACGAAUUCACCGAUGAUCAAAUUUGGAGAGCAUUAGAAUUGUCACACUUGAAGGAUCAUGUUACGAAGAUGUACGAGGAAAGAGAUACCGAUAUUGAAAUCGAAGGCCCAUUACAUGUUAGAGUUACCGAAGGUGGUUCCAACUUGUCUACCGGGCAAAGACAAUUGAUGUGUUUGGGACGUGUUUUGUUGAAGUUGAAUAAUUCUAACGUGUUGGUCUUGGACGAAGCUACUGCUGCCGUUGAUGUCGAAACCGAUCAAAUUCUUCAAGAAACAAUCAGAACCGAGUUCAAGGACAAGACAAUCAUUACCAUUGCCCACAGAUUGAACACCAUUAUGGAUUCCGAUCGAAUCUUGGUGUUGGAUAAGGGUGAAGUUGCUGAAUUUGAAGCUCCAGAAGUGUUGUUGAAGAAGAAAGAAUCGCUUUUCUACUCAUUAUGUGAACAGGGUGGGUUUAUAAACGACGAAGAUAAGAAAUAG